AAAAGACUACACUUCCCAUGUUUGAGGAUACACGUCAUGUCCAAUCACGAGCAGGCAGUAAGUAGUAGGGUCCACACCACUUCCUGUUACAGGGAGGAGCUGGUACUUGUUAUCGUGUAUAUAAAUCUCAGCACUUUGGUUUGACUGAGCUUCAUCGUUGCUGAACAGGAUGAUUGACGUUCGGGCAUGGGCAGAGUAUGUGGUGGAGUGGGCUGCCAAAGACCCCUACGGUUUCCUCACCACUGUCAUACUGGCUCUCACACCUCUCUUCAUUGCCAGUGCACUGCUGUCCUGGAAACUAGCCAAGAUGAUCGAGGCACGUGACAGGGAACAGAAGAAAAAGCAGAAACGGCAGGAGAACAUAGCCAAGGCCAAGAGGACCAAGAAAGACUGAGCCUGUGAGGGUAGAACGAGGGCAUAAGAAAAGAGGAGCAACCACCAAGCUCGCAGCCCUCCUUAUUCCAAAUAAUGACACGGUGCCCUUCCUCGUCCCAGCCUUACUGUCAGCACAGGGCUACAGCGCCUCAUGUCCGGGGUUGGAUGAGGGACACUGGCCCCACAGGCGUUAACAGUGCUGAGACGGACAGUACUGCCUGGAGGAAGCUCGUCCCAGUGGGACUUUGGUCAGCAAGAGCACAGUGGUCAUCUGUAUAAUGUUUUUAUACAGAGAUCCGCUGAUAAUAUUGCGCAGCUGUUGCAACACCUUGCAUUCCAUUGUUAGCAUCCAUGUUCUGCUGAAUUGACAAUGUAAUGAGCAUACUGGAACUUUUUCCGAGUCACUUUCAAAAAUAUCCCAAAUACUACUUUCUAAUCAAUAAAGUUUUCAUGGUUGAUAAGAAAAAACUAA